AUGGAAUCCAAUUGGGCAUGUCUUCCGGACGACCUGGAAUCCAAUUGGGCAUGUCUUCCGGACGACCUUCUUGUUUUGAUUUUGGACAGGUUAAUAACACUUUCAGAUUAUGUUUGCUUUAGUGCUGUUUGCAUGCCAUGGCAAGCCAUUGCCCUAGAGAACUACUAUGGGGAGAGGCGUCACAAACUUUCUCUUCAUCAACCUCCAUUACUAUUUUUAACUCACACCCAUCCGUCUAUAGAAGGAGAAACUACAAUUAGCGUACACAAUAUCAGCCACCAAGACAAGACAUAUGAGUUAAAAUCAUUCAUACCAAAUGGUAAUGACAGAUGGUUUUGUUCUUCACAUGGUUGGUUGAUUACCGUUGAUAACAAUUUUGUCAUCACCCUAUCAAACCCAUUUUGCUCUGAUGGAAUUAUUUGCCUCCCACGAGUUUUUCAUGUACAUUGGUAUGAUAUUCAGAAGGUUAUAUUGUCAAUUGACCCUGUUGUGGCUCCUGAUGAUUAUAUAGUCAUGGUCAUCUGUAGCGACAGACGUGGUCUUAAAAAAUUGGCUUUCAUUAAGCCAGGUGAUAAAGGAUGGACCCACAUCGUAAACAAGUAUAUCAUGGAUGUUAUUUAUUCCAAAGGUUUGUUUUAUGCCCUCUAUGCGUUUGGUGCAGUCAAAACUUUUGAUAUUAGUGAAAAUUUUCCCAAGUUGAAUAUGGUUUCAACUAACUGCUAUACCACUGCCUCUUAUCUGAAUAAGAAGUAUCUUGUGGAAUCAACUGAUGAUGAAGAUAUACUAAAGUUUGUAAGGAUUUUAGUAGUUAUUAAUGAUGAAUUGCCACCGCGUGUGGAGACAAUAGGGUUCAAUGUUUUCAAGCUACUAGUUUUGGAUGGGGAGAAAAAGUGGGUAGAAACAAGAGACCCUAAUGUUCUUGGUGGUGGAGCCUUGUUCUUGGAUGACAAUACUUCCACCUAUGUUCCUGCUUCAGACAUCCUUGGAUGCAAUCCGAAUUCCAUAUACUUUGUUGAUUGUUGUUUACCUGGUUAUAAUACUCACCCAGCAGGUGUCUACCCUCCUACUUCUUAUGACAUGGGCAUCUUUUAUUUGGGAGAUAGAAGCUUUCAAUGGCAUUGUGUAUUAAAUUCUCCGUCUUCUCCAAAAUCAAUGUCCCACCCAAUGUGGAUCAAGCCAACUUUUCAAGGAAAAUAG